AGGGAGUCUCCACCCCCUCGAGUGGCGCUACGAGCAGGACAGAGAGAUCACAGCAGAGACACAGGAAACACAAACACUGACUGGUCUGGAAAGAAAAUCAUCAAGAGAAUACAGAAGAGAAAAAGCAAAAAGAUAAUUUGAGAUUUGGUGCUGACGUGGAAAACAGUCAGAAUGGAAGGCAAACUCCCAUGUCUUCUUGUGCUGGUGGGAGCAAUUAUGACUGCCCAGUGCCAGGGCUUACACGUGCGUUUCAAACGUGGAGCCAGAUCUAGAGCCAUUUGCACAGAUAAUUCAUCUGCAGAAAUUUACCAACCCAGGGGGACCUGGCUGAGGCUUUCAGGGAGCAGAAUAGAAUACUGUAGGUGUGACAGUGGUCAGAGUCGCUGCCACACUGUGCCUGUCAGAGCCUGCACUAGAAAUAAAUGCUACAAUGGGGGCCAAUGUUCACAGGCAUAUUACUCCCCACAGCUCUUCAUCUGCCAGUGCCACCAAGGUUUCUCGGGGAAGCAGUGUGAAAUAGACACUGAAGUUAAAUGCUACAAAGACACUGGAGUAACAUAUAGGGGUACCUGGAGCAUGACAGAGAGUGGAACUGAAUGUUUAAAUUGGAAUAGCAAUGGCUUGGUGGACUGGAUGUACAGUGGCCAAAGAGCGGAUGCUGCUGAGCUGGGAUUGGGCAAUCACAACUAUUGCAGAAACCCAGAUGAGGAUUCCAGACCUUGGUGCUAUAUCUACAAAGGGGGAAGGUACGCCUGGGAGCACUGCAGUGUGCCCUCCUGUUCAAAAGUUAGGAACACCAACUGCAGAUCUGGACGAGGCACAGAUUACCGUGGCAGCCACAGUGUUACCAGUUCUGGAGCUACCUGUUUGAAGUGGAAUUCUCAAAUCCUUGUCAACAAGCUAUAUACUGCUUGGAGAAGAGAUGCUUACCGGCUGGGUCUUGGUAGUCACAAUUUCUGCAGGAAUCCUGAUAAUGACAGCAAGCCCUGGUGCCAUGUCCUGAAAGGAAAUCGGCUCACAUGGGAGUACUGCAAUGUGCCUACUUGCUCCACCUGUGGCUUACGGCAGCGCAGAGUACGCCAGUACAGGAUUAAAGGUGGUUCCUACACAGACAUUGCAGCUCACCCAUGGCAAGCUGCCAUCUUUGUGAAGUAUCACCGCGUGCCUGGAGAGCACUUCCUCUGUGGAGGAAUUCUGAUCAGUUCCUGCUGGGUUUUGUCAGCUGCUCACUGUUUUGAAGAAGGCUUUAGUACAAAUCAGCUGAAGAUUGUGCUGGGUAGGACUUCCCGAGCAACUCCCGAGGAAAAUGAACAGAAGUUUCAAGUGAAGAAGUACACUGUGCAUCAGAGAUUUGACUCAGAAAAUUUCAACAAUGAUAUUGCUCUAUUGCAGUUGAAUUCAGAUGCAGAAGACUGUGCUGUUGAAACAAGCACUGUCCGUGCUGCCUGCCUCCCCAUGCCAGAGCUGCAGCUGCCUGACUGGACUGAAUGUGAGAUCUCUGGUUAUGGAAAAAAUGAAGAAUUUUCUCCAUUCUAUUCAGAGCACCUGAAGGAAGGCCAUGUCAGAUUGUUCCCAGCCAGUCGGUGCACAGCACAGUAUCUAGAUAACCGGACAGUUACAGACAAUAUGUUAUGUGCAGGAGAUACAAGAAACCUUGAUGAUGCCUGCAAGGGUGACUCUGGAGGACCUCUGGUCUGUAUGAAGGAUGAUCGUAUGUAUCUGAUUGGAAUCAUCAGCUGGGGAAUAGGCUGUGGCCGCAAAGACAUACCUGGUGUUUAUACAAAUGUGAAUCGUUAUCUUGACUGGAUUCAGGACACCAUGAAACUCUGAGAAAGAAAAAUGAACCAUUUGCAAUCCUGUGACCAUGCCCUCACAGCUUCCUUCUGGGUGCUUUAAGCAGGCUGGCAGGGCUUCCUGUUUGUCCAGAUGCUUAUAACUUCUAGUACAACAGGGAAGCAAACUGCAAUGUAUGGGAAGGGCAUGUUCUCAAAAUACUCUCGUUUCCUUAUUACAGGUUAUUAGAAGCUAAUCAAACUUUUUCCGAACAUCACCAAACUUUCACCUUGCAUCAAAUCACAUAAGUGCAAUAAAAAAAAUAAUUCUGGCCGAGUGAAUAAACCAAGAGACAACAUCUGGGCACCAUGCAUCUCUUAGGAGCUGCACUGUUUUAGGAAUGGGUGUGAACUGAAGGGGACAUUUAAUUUCCUGAAAACUUCACCUCCCUCCUUACUUUGCUGUACAAUUGGAAUACCUUAAGCUCUGUCCUUAUACCAUGUCACUUUGGUAAUUUAAGCUGGUUUCAAUAGAAAGAACAAAAGCUGUAGACAUGGGCUACUUAUUUCCAGAUUAAUAUACUACUUGCUUCUGCAGUUUGGAACCAAUUAAUUAACUAAGUUUAAGCUCAAACUCUCAGAGCAAAUUCAGGACGGCAUGCUUAUUUUUAAUUUUAUUUUAUUCCUUCAUUAGGUUUUGCUCCUGGUAAUAGAAUGGGUAAAAAUUUGAACAGCAGCCUGAUCUGCCACAGAAUCAAUGCAUAUUUUUGACUAUUAAAUUUCUAUGCAUUAUCAUCAGACAUGAAGCAAAAGCUCUCUCUUCUGUGCAGCAGAGCAAAACAAAGGACAAACAUAUUGGUAGCUAGAUUUACAUCCACAAGUAAAGGCCAAAUCAGGUAUCAUAAGGCUGCCUUUGUCCUUUACAGAAGACAGGACAGGUACAACUGAGUCAUCAUGAACAAGAAUCUCAGUAAUCAGCAUUACUUCCUUGUACUGCUGCUGCCACAUGAAGCUAAAUGCCACCUAUGCACAUCCUAAGAGUGAAGCCUCUCUGAGAGCUUCUCUUUUGUCUCAUUGUUUUGUAAAGCAAAAACAGGUGUAACUACCUUUUAACAAAAGGAAAACAUUGUACUGAGGGUACAUAAGGAAUUUAGUUUUAGCAUCAAUCAGCAGCUAGAAAAUUAGCCUGUUGUAUAUGGGAAAUUGAACACAUUGUUGAAACUCAAAAUGUUUAACAGUUUUUAAGGAGCUCUCUGAUAACCCACUAGCACAACUACUCAGAUAAAUAAUCUAAGUAGGUAUAGAAGAGAUUUGGUAAGAUGGCCAUUACUUUCUCAAAGUUGUUUUGUAAAUGGCAACUUUACAAAUGGUUGAGUUUCUAGCUACUGGCUUAGAAACUGACCUCAAAGAGAUCUUCUCUAAUGGUCUCGGAGGAACAGUGGUCACAGUCCAGUUAGCUUCAGCAACAAGUUUCAUAUUCCAGUCAGUAGAAGGAGAAAAUAGGUUUUUUAAUGAAGAGUCACAGUUUAGGGUUUUGGUGUGGGUUUUUGUUUUUUUUUUUUUUUGUUGCUGUUGCUAGUUUUAUUUUGUUAUUAACCUUGAGAAAAAUACAAAUUAAUUUCCCUUCAUUUCCCCUGGGCCCACUUCCAUGAGCUCUUGUGCCUCACUGUACUGGCAUUCCAAGCCUGCCAAAUACCUGCAGCCUGUAGAACAGUCUAAACUAUUUCACAGACUAAUGCAAGUUAGAGUCCUCAGGAAGGCAACUUUUGAAAUUCAGUCUACUAAAUACAAUAUUUGAACUCAAUGUGAUCUAACAGCCACCAAUAAAAUGUAACUGAACCACA